UGAGGGUGUGCACCUCUAUACCCAGGCAUCAUUGGUGCCAUAUACAGGUGAAGAGUCUACUUUUAUAUGCUAUUUGGACAUAAUUAUUUGCAUACAGCCAUUCAUUGAAGUGAAAAGAGUGAAAAUGUUGCCUAACAAUGUCACAGCAACUUAUGGAUGAUAGACGCUCAAGAGUUGACUUGAGCAUCACUGUAGAGUCUAAAAUGAGUUUGUUUUAAAUUUGGGAGGAAUAACUACUUUAUAAUUAGGAAACGCCCCUUAAAGAUUCAAACCCAGGACAACGGAGCGAAUUUUGCAAAGAAACAGAACAAAACAACAACAACCGAAAGCUACUUUGAAUGGUGCACCAUGGAGAGCACCUCCAUCAACCCAGCACACGCUUGGUAAAAGCAUCAUUCUGAGAGAUGAAAAUGAGAGUGCCAACAUUUGGACUUGUAUGGAGCUGUCUGGGGUUUCUUCACAGCGUUCAGUGCGGUUUAGGAGACAACCAUGUGCAUUCCAGUUUUAUUUACCGGCGGUUGCGUAACCACGAGCGGCGAGAAAUCCAGAGAGAAAUCCUCUCCAUCCUGGGCUUGCCGCACCGUCCCAGGCCCUUCUCUCCGGGCAAACAAACAUCAUCGGCACCUCUUUUCAUGUUGGACCUGUACAACGCGAUGACGACCGGGGAGGAGGAAGCGCUCCUCGGAAAGGCGCUCGCGGGGAAACCGCGUAAAAGCGCGUCUGCCGUUCCACAAGGAUACUCCCGCGCGCCUCAGCAGCCGUACCGCGCGGCGUCCCUGACGAGCCAGAGCCCGCCUUUGGCCACCGCGCACGACACCGACUUUCUCAACGACGCGGAUAUGGUGAUGAGUUUUGUCAAUCUAGUUGAGAGGGACAAGGAUUUCUCGCAUCACAGACGACACUACAGGGAGUUUCGUUUCGAUUUGACACAGAUCCCAGAAGGAGAGUCUGUGACAGCUGCAGAAUUCAGGAUUUAUAAGGAUCACGCUCACGGAAGAUAUGAGAAUAUCACACUAAAGGUCACCAUACACCAAGUCAUCAAAGAAUAUCCAAACAGGGAUGCUGAAACAUUCCUCUUGGACUGGAAAAAGAUUCAAGCUUCUGAUGGAGGCUGGCUGGUGUUUGACAUCACAGCCACCAGUAAUCACUGGGUUCUGAACCCUCAGCAGAACAUGGGUCUACAACUCUGUGUGGAGACCACUGAUGGUAGAAGCAUCAGCAUGAAAUCUGCUGGCAUCAUUGGAAGGAACGGCCCUCAGUCCAAACAGCCAUUCCUUGUUGCUUUUUUCAAAGCCAGUGAGGUUCUGCUUCGAUCUGUAAGGGCCACAGGAGGGAAGAGGAAGAGCCACAACAGAAAUAAGCAGAAAUCUCAGCAAGAAUCUUCACCGGCUCUGAAGAGUGGAGAUCAAAACACCAGUGAGCAGAGGCAAGCCUGCAAGAAGCACGAACUCUACGUUAGCUUCCGCGACUUAGGAUGGCAGGACUGGAUUAUUGCUCCUGAGGGCUAUGCAGCCUUUUAUUGUGAUGGAGAAUGUUCAUUUCCACUGAACGCACAUAUGAAUGCAACAAACCAUGCUAUUGUGCAGACCUUGGUCCAUCUAAUGUUUCCUGAUAAUGUGCCAAAGCCUUGCUGUGCACCAACCAAACUGAACGCCAUAUCAGUGCUGUAUUUUGAUGACAGCUCUAAUGUCAUUCUGAAGAAGUACAGGAAUAUGGUGGUGAGAUCCUGCGGCUGUCAUUGAGGGCAUGGAGCUUCUGUGAGAUAUUGCUGGAAUUAAGAACAUAGUUUUUGAUAUAUGAUGUACAGUAUUAUGUAUAUAUUAGAUCAUUAUUCCUCUUAUUUAUUUGGGUUUUCCUUGUAAUAACUUUUUUGCCAUGAAAGAUGCCAGUUAAAAGUUACCACUCCUACCACAGAUCCAUGGUCGUUUGCUCGUUUCCUGAGUUUAUAAAUUAGGCCAGAAACUGUCAAACGGAUGACGUUUAGCUGAUCAAGGAUAUACUUUAGUCAGGAUAGAUGACAUAUUACAUUUUUCACAAUUGAAAACAAGGCUGUGUGGGAUACAUUUUUUUGGUCAACUGGAUUUCUUUUGUUAUUAUGUAUUUUUUUAAUGUUUCAUCAGCUGAACAAUUGACACAAAGUUAUUAAACAGUACAACCCAUUGAACAGACUGUAAUGUUAUACCCCACAUUCCCGUUUUCAAUCACACAUAUAUAUAUGCUGUCUAUCCUGACUAAUGUCUAUAAUUUUUAUAUAUUUAUAAGCGACCACUUCAAUAAAGAACUGCUGCUAUUUUAUAAAACAACCCUAUUUUUUACAAAACAAAGUCAUAAUCACAAUUUUUGGAUGUGAAAAAACUGCCAUCUUGGAUUUUAGGUUUUUGGCAUAAAUAAUAUGAUUUUUCUUUUUUAUUAAAAUAAUAGAAGUGUUAUUGUAAAAGCACUGAUGUAUGUCUUAGGACUGAACAUAUUUUUCUCAAAUAGUCCAAAGUGUUGCAACCCACAGUUACUGAUAGAUGUUAGUUUGCUUUGGAUAUCAGUGGGCAGAUAUGCACAAUUAAGUAUGUUUUUUUGUUGAGCAAAUAUUCUUCCAAGAUCCUUCUUAUACACACUUAUAUUAGUUCUCUGAGUAAUAUAUUUUUUGAAAAAUAUUGCAUUUAUUUUAGAAUC